UGUCCUACGCUGAUGAGAAAAGAAGUUGGGUUUAUGAACCAAAAUGGAGAACGUCACUUCAACAGAAGCGACAGCUGGCAGCUUCGAAGAAGAUCUUGAAGCUUUGAAUAGUGAAGCUGAAGAAGGACACCGAAACAGCUCACUGGCGUCAACCAAACGCCUACUGUUCAAAACAGUUGGUAAACAGGAUAGCAAUGAUCUCAGUCGGGACUAUAUUGGAGUGAAGUCAUAUCUGCAUUAUUUUUAUGAAUCACCAUCAUUCAAAGACCCAUCGAUCUAUGAAGAGGAAGACAGUCUCCGUUAUCUGUUGAAUCCACAAAGGCGAAGAAGGCGUUGUCCUCCAAUAUGGUGGAAGAUAUUUUUGUGGCUUGGUGCCAAUCUUCUCUUUUUUGGAAUUGUUGGGAUUCUGGUUGGUUAUUUAGUGCCACAGAGAAAAGUCAUCAUUGAUAUUAACAGUAAUACAAAAAUUGCAAUGGUCGACAGAGAUGCUGAACGCUACAACAAAAUGCUUGAUGUUUGUAAAGUUAUUGGUCUUAUUCUUUUUUGUGCUGGUGGAGCCAUUUUCUCAUUGUCUUUGCUUUUUCCAAGUUUUUUCACAAGUUACUGUGAGGAUGAUAUUCAUGAUGCUACAGAAGAGUCUUUCCAAAUCAGUGUUGGAGAUAUGGAGAAAAGAUCCAAUUCCUCUGUAGAAAUGACCAUUCCAGUCACAGCUGAAACAAAGAGUGUCCAGCCAAAUAUUGGCCAGUCUGUUGUAGUCACUGAUGAUCUCAUAAAAAUGAAAGACUGAAACACUCUACUCCUGUUGGUAGUUCCUUGUCUGAACAUAGUGAUCUCUUAUAGCAAUAAACUGUAUUGUGUCUCAGUCUGAAAAUGUUAGACACUUCAGUUGGCUAUGACAUUUUCUUGUUGUAACAAACUGUCUGUAAUGUCAUGUGUAUGAGUGUUUUCCAUGUAUUUAUCAGGAAAUGGUAUUUAUUGGUAUGAAAGAAAAUGGCAUUCAAGCAUAGAGUGUCGUUAGAGUAAUGACAUACUAUGCUUAAAUAACAAUACUUUAAUAAAACUUUUGCUUCCAUUCUGGUGUCCAUUUACAUUAAUUUCUUAGGAAUAUUCAUUACAAAGAGAAAAAAACAACAACAGAUGUUUAAUAAAUAUUUUCUUUCAUGAUG